AUGGGGGGUGAAGGUCUUCACCGUCUCUCUCCCGGCGACACGCGCAGCCGCGGCCAACGCGAGGCAGAUCUCUUCGCCCAUCGUAAGCCUUCCUCCGGCACGGGAGAGCACAGCGUGUGGUGUGACCUCAUCCUCGUGGAAGCGGGCUUCCGCCCGCUAGAGGCGAGGAAUGUAGUGUUGGUGAUCACCCGCAGCAAAGUUCUCCUCCGUGUGGUGGCAACAGGGUUCGCGUUAGUAAUUCACCUGCAGGACAUCGUUCAAGCGCGUCACGUUGUGCCGGCUCACGCUGUUGAAUUGCAUGUGGAGGUGCCGUCGGCGGCAUCGCCGGAGGACUACAACCACCCUGGGCGGGAGAAGCGUACGGUGACAACGAACCGUCUUUACCGCGUUUAUCCAAAAGAACGCGGUCGUGACAGCACCAACGCGUGCGCGCAGCUGUUCAAGCUCAUCACCUCCCUCCUCCCGGCGCAUGUGCAGCAGGCGUCGGAGGAGAGCAACCUGGACGAUGUCGUCGCUUGGUACGAGCGGGUAGAUGCGUGCUCGAUGUUGUCAUAUCAUCUGUCUGAGGAGGUGGGGCUGCGUGAGCUGGAUAGCAUAUCUUACUCGCUGCCUCAUCUCUCUUCCUCUGCGAGCGUGACGAGGCCGGCGGCCUUCCAAGCGGAAGCUCGGCAGUACCCGCCGACCCGGCGACAAGCACGAUCUGCGCUCUCCCUCGGAAGCUCCUGUAGAGGUUUCCGGGCACCUUCAGACAUGUUUGAUGACGCACACAUGGCCACGACGCCCCAUUUGCGUCGAAUCUACGUGGUGCCGUCGCCGAGCUUCUGGCGACUCCCCAAGGCGUCUUCGCCACCGACGCCAUCACAUCUUCUCUCGCAUGAGAGAUGGACCCCGCCUCACCUGCACCACGACGUCUCUGCUGAGGAGGCCUCCCGAUCUGCAUCCGCCUCAACUUCAACAAUGCAGCGGCAGCACACCUUAAGACGCACACCGGAGUCACCCGGCACAUUUUUCGCUACGACCGCUCCUGCGUCGAGACAUCAGUUGCAUCAAAACGAAACAAGAAAUCAGCAGCCCGCGCACACUUCGCCGGCCAUGGGCGUCGGCAUGAACAGGCGAGAGUCAUCGCUCACGGCAGGCAUGUGCGGCCUGCGCCCCCUCACCACACGAACCCCGCCAUUUCUAUCGUCUUCGUCGGCACGGUCCUCUUGGCGUGGCGCUCAGUGGCCUGUGAACCUCGAGUACGGCCCCACCACAUCUGGUUGA